AUGGUGGAAAUCAUGGAGCCUGGUGAUAUGGACCUCUCAUCAUCUGAAUGGAAUGAGAUAAGAACAUUGUCCCCGCAAGAGAAUGGAACCGCAAUUUUGUCAUGGCCUGAGCCUUGGGUAUUUGAUAACUACGCAGUCACUGUGAUGAUAGGAGGUGAGCCCUACACCCUAGGACUCUUUGAUACCGCUGGUCAGGAGGAUUACGAUAGGCUCCGACCACUCUCCUACCCCCAAACCGACGUCUUCCUUGUCUGUUUUAGUGUUGUGAAUCCUGCUUCAUUCGAGAAUAUACGAGAAAAGUGGGUGCCAGAGAUAAACCACCAUUGUCCAAAGACUCCCUUCCUUUUGGUAGGAACCCAGAUAGAUUUGCGUGAUGACCCCUCCUCUAUUGAGAAGCUAGCUCGUAACAGACAGAAAGCUAUAACGAUCGAGCAAGGAGAGAAGCUAGCAAAGGAGCUCAAAGCAGUGAAGUACGUGGAAUGCUCGGCUCUCACUCAGCGAGGACUAAAGAACGUAUUCGAUGAGUCUAUCCUAGCGGCACUAGAGCCUCCUAAACCAGCAAAGAAGACAGCUUGCACCCUCCUAUAG